AGUAUCACAUUGUCCGUUGCGGUGGUGUGUUGUCGCGCAGCGACCGAAGCCGUAAGCGCGUGUUCAAUCCAAAACUUAAUUAUAAAAACAUUGAAAAUAACCCAAGUGUGUAAAUUACCUAACUAUAAUAUAUACGUAAUCCAGUGUAAUAUCAACUGUAAUGUGUUUUCCGUACGAGUGUUAUUAAUAGAAGUUGUAUUUUCAAAAUAGAAUAUUGGUGAUGACUGACGCCGUGCGUGUUGGGAUUGUGGCGAUGUUUGUUUAGUGUUUAUUAGUUGUGAUAGGUUUUAAUUGACAUAGUGAUGGCGGUCAACUUGAGCUUGUGUGUGCUGCUUGUUGUGUGCCGGGUGUCGACGGCGUAUGCAGACAGCUUGGAUGUGACUUUGACCGAGCCAAAACCCGAGGUCUCCGAAGGCGUGCGGUGCUACUGCAACACGGCGCAAUGCGUUAGCACGGGCUACAUGUGCCGGUCUACCCGCGGAGGAGGGUGCUACAGCGAGCUGCCCGCGCCGCGCCGCCACCACGCCAGCCACGGGUGCCUUCAGCAUCUCGCUGACACGGCCGAAGAAGCAGUGUCCCGUUGCCAGAACUCACCUUCAGCAGACAUACGGCCGCCUUCAAGGGAUCAUUCGCUCCUACUGUGCUGCUUUAGAGACCUGUGUAACCACGAGGACAGUCCGCUGGCUCGGGCCAGGCUCAAUCUCACGCAUGAUUCAGAAGGCAACACAAUAGCCAGCGACUGCGGCGCCAGCUACAACAGUAAAGUGUGGUUCAAAGCGGCCACCAUAACGGUACCAGUGUGUGGUGCCAUCAUAUUAUUCCUGCUGGUGGCGGUGGCCGUGCGGUUGCUCAAGGCGGACGCCUUGCUACAUGCGGAUCGGAAGCUCAGAGGCGGCUACUCAUCCCCCCUGGCGCAGCACUCGGACGACGUGAAGAAGGUGUGGGUGGGGAACUCGGCGCCGCUGCUGGUGGCGCCGGGCGGCUGCCUCGUGGCCGUGGAGCGCGCGCAGCUCGUCGACAUGCCCGUCUGUGAUAUACAGCGAUAGGCUUCUGGUGAACUGGCAAGAUGAACACCGUAC